AUGAUUGUCAACAUCGUGCUGGAGCACCCGCACGAUCACUACACCAAUCUCGAUGUCAUCCAAGGCAAAGUCACUUUGCGCGUGCCGAAUCCGACAAACCUCAGCAGCAUUAUCGUCAAGCUCGAGGGCGAGAGUAGGACCCGGCUGCUGGCGCCCGUACAUCCAAACAGGCCCGACAAGCAGAGGCCUGUCUUAGAGAUACACAAGUUCCUAUACCAGACGCUGUUGGUAUGGCCAACAAAUGUGCGCCCGGAAGAUAUCAAUCCCAAAUCAGCUUUCACCAUUAAUGCUGGCGCAUAUGAAUAUCCCUUCCAAUUCAAGCUCCCUAUGAACACGCAAUGUCAGCAAACAAACAACCCAAUCUCGACCGUUUCGUUUUCAAAUACAAUUCCCGAGUUCGCAAAGACACCAACACAACACAUCAAGGCUACACUGCCGCCCACUUUGAGUGGCUUCCCUGGCGAGGCCGAGAUACGUUACUUUGUCAAGGUGACGGUCAGUAGGCCGUCGUUCUUCAAGGAGAACCCCCGAGCAAUUGCAAACUUUACGUUUCUUCCGAUUGAACCCCCUCGGCCAGAGCGGACAGACGGCGAGGCAUAUGCAAGAAGGCAGCAUGAGUUCUUGGAGAAUGCCAUGAGCGUAGCAGCAAGCAAGAUGCCCAGCUUCCUGGACCGUAAGAGUUCUUCGGCAAGCAUGCGGUCUGCACAGCCGCCGGGCAAUAUGGGGCCACGGGUAGCUCUUGAUGCACGGCUGCCAAACCCUGCAAUUCUUACAAUCAAUCAAGACCUUCCGCUGCGAGUGCUUAUCAAGAAUGUCAGCCCCCGCAGCAAGAACAUAUAUCUGCAAAUGCUGCAGGUUGAGUUGAUUGGAUAUAUAAGAGUAAAAGCACACGAAGUGGCGCGUACAGAAUCGAACAGCUGGAUAUUGUGUUCUUUCAGCAAUAUGGCGAUACCACUAGGAUCGCCAACAGACCCCAUAGACACUGAAGUUCCAAUCAAUCCCGAGUACUGGUCUGGCAAGCCGGUACCCAAUACAGUAUCACCCAGUUUCACCACGUGCAAUCUGUCUCGCUUCUACGAGUUGGAAGUCCGGAUUGGUCUUGGCUAUGGGAGCUACAAGCAUGGAGAGGACCAACUGAUUGUGUUGCCGCUCAGAUUGCCAGUCAAGGUGUUCUCGGGCAUUGCGCCUCCAAAAGCAUUGCUAGAGGCUGGAUUUAAUGCACAAGCAGCCGGAAAGCCGGCGACACUUCAUAUCCCGCAGUACGGACAGGCUCUGCAUACUCCCCCCUCGCCACAAGUGGGCUUCGCCAACAACAACAACGCGUUUGCCGGGCAGCCGGUACAGGCUCAAAAUGCACCAUCAUACGAGGAUGCACCGCCGAGCUACGAAGACGCAGUUGGACAGGACCUUCCGCCCAUCAAUGGGUAUCGGGGUAGCUACCAACCACCUCCUGUGCCCGAGGGCGGGUCUGGAUUCGCGGACGAAAAGAGACGAUGA